GUUGACGGUGCGCUAUUCUCGCCGCCGCCGCCGCCGCCUCUGCCAUGUCGCCGCUCGCUCGCUCGCUGCUCACGCUUGCCGCGUUGUUUGCCUCAGAUGCUAAAGUCACGAAUGUCGAUCUAGGACUGGGUGGACAUUGCGUUAAAUUCAUUAUAGAUAUUCCUCCCAGGCCUGUACCGUACAAGACAUCCCAAGCACUCCCUAAGUUUACGAUGAUGUCCUACGACACUAGCACACCCCUGAAAACAAUCCGCAACUUUUGCGCAGAAUUCAACGAAGAGAUUGCGAGGCAAACAGUAGAAGUGUGCAAUGAUUACGUCCACCGUCCGACGGUGGGAGCACUGCUCCCGCCUCUAGUGUUCGCGGUUGGUGACAAUGUGGUGUCGCCUGUGUACGCAUCAUGUAACAAAGACCCUGAGUGUGGACCUCUCUAUUUUAAAAUCGACCAGGAAUGCAGAAGACCAGCCGUCUAAAUAUAUCAUUACCCAGGUUUUUGAGAAAUUUGUCAUGAAUGGUUUCUUUGUUUUCUUCUCAAAUAAACGUGUAUUAAUGUGUA